CGAAGAGAGUGAUGGGGAACGUAGUGCAAGGAACUACCUCAAAAAGAUAACGACACAGAAAUUAAUCUUUUCGAUACAGGAGUUCUUUUGAGCCGAGGGACCAAUCUAUCAGAUCCCGUUCGAWMAAAGCAAAAGCUUGAAGACYGCCCGUCGCUUGCCUCCUUUGGAAAAGAUGCAGAUAAUGGACGGCGACGCCAAUGCGCUGGACGAUCUUGAUCCUGCCUGGUUUGAUCCGCAAGAUGAAGAAAGGCCGAUCGGGUACUCUCACGGUGUUGUCGGCGUCCACGGAACUACGGCAACACCAUCGCAGACAACCCCCGCGGCUUUUCUAGAAUCGUUGGACUGGGGGAACKAUGACGGACUGAUGAGAGAAGAGAGUGAAUUCGUCUCUGCCGGUCGAAAAAAAUCCCAUAUCCGGAACGAGUCGAACCCGAUCAAUGCUGUGCAUAUGCACGUUCAGGACAACGCCAGGAUACCGAAUUACAAUCACGCAGUGGACCGAUCCAACUCCARUAGCGCUGUCAAACGAUCGUCGGAAACCUCGGUCCCAGUCGCGAGAGAAAACGAGAAUUCCCUUGCCGAACAUUUUCUGAAUUAUGAAUCCAAGUACCGAAAAAGUCUGAGUCAACAAUACAAGGCGAACCUGGCGUUGGAAGACUCGGACUUUCGGAGAGAGAUUGAAGAACUCGCAGUGGUAUCUGUCGAUCCGACGCCGUGGUCAGAAAUAGCAAGAAUGCAAGUGGAAGAAAAAGACCAGCAGCGUCAACGACCACAGACGCACUUUCAACAGGUUCCACCGCAGGMAGCACAAMGACCCGUGACAACCUCGUCGCCGACUCCGGAAUCAUCCGUUCCGGUGUUGGCACCAGCAGGAGUACCAGAACUGGUAUCACCCAGUCAUCCUCAUACAUCCAGUUACUAUCCUUAUGGCAGACAUCAUCAGUUGCCGAUCCCRGAAAGAGCCUCUUCGCCGCAGGGAAAAGAAAUUACCUCGCCUCUCGACAACAACAACACCGCUGGCGAGAGAGUCGACGGAAUKGCACAAGCGAUAGCCACUGCCGCUGCGAUUGUUGCCGGCUCAAAUGUCACGGCACCAACAGAAACAAACGCAACCGAAGUCGAACGAGUGAUAGAACCGACGCCGACGAAGUCCGCAGCGCCAGCAGUAAAUAAUAUUUCAGGAAUCAAUUCCUUCUCUCCCACAGCUGGACUGCCGAAGAGAACAAACCAGCCCAUUACAAAGUCUAACGGCCAGUCGACAACAAAAGGAACACCAAUACAAAAUAGAUCGACUUUGAAAACUGGGGGGGAUCUCCGGACUCUUCCYAAUGGACAUUUACAGCGUCAGCGUUCAAAUGCCAAUCCACCUCCCCAUGCCGCAGCACACACUGUUCGAAGAGCAUCGGUACUCGCAGCAACAAACCGAAAGUCUCAGUACGGUUUUGGCGGCAAUCACACCGUCCCCUCGGUUCCGGCACCCCCAACCAUUCGCUCCGCUUCAAAACCAAUUAAUGGYCGCAAACCCAAACAGAUCGCAGCAAUGAAGAAAGCCCCUUCUGCAACAGCAUCCUCUAUCACCAAGGCACAAAAUCCCAUUCCGAGGCUUCCUCCUCCGGCCGUUCCAAAUUGUAGGCAUCCAACCAUGCCGAUUGUAAACAACGCUUGUUCGGCCUAUGAGCGAAAAAAGCAGAAAGCCAAGGACGCCAGGGUGAAGCUAAACGAAUCCAUUGAAAGAUUGUCGAUCGCGGUGAGUUUAGCUGGUUCGCAAUCGAGGUCCCGAAUCGAACAACUAGAAAAUGAAAUAACCGUCACCGAAUUUCGGCAAAAAUCGAUUCAAGUGAAUGAGGAAGGCAUCAAGCUCGCAGAGAACGCGAAGAAAUGGGAUCGACCAAGUUUUGUCGGAACGGCUGCAUCUGUAAUUCAAUCGCUAAAUGCGCAAUGCGAGGCCCUCAUGGCGGAACUAGGAGCAAUGCAAAGCUUUCUAGAUGCGGCACAAAAUGGAAACAGGUGCACCAGCAAGAAUGUAGAUUUCAAAAAUCCGUCUGAAGUAUCGGUCAGUCCAAACAGUUCAAACAUCGAUUCGGUGCCAACCAACACUGCAAACUUCGAGGAUUCAAGUCCUAGCACAGAUGGAAUCCAAAUGCCCAUCCCAAACCAGAAGCAUAAACGACAGGAUGUACACGUCGGUGUAGAACAGAAUCACCAGAKCCCCAUCAAGCGUCCACGCAUUGACUUCCAGGAGACAAAGAACUCAGCCGAAAAAGACAAAAUUAUAUACGGCCAUGUUGCAAAAAUGUUGGAUCCGGUGUCGCUUUGUAACUGCGUUUGUGUAUCCAAACAUUGGAGAGGGAUGCAAGUGUUCCAAGCUCAUGACCAUUGGUUGGAUUUGGCUGUCAAUCGGUUUGGAUUUUCGAACGUCAGACAAUGGAGCGAAGAUUUGGAUGAUGAGGAACACAAGAUGUCAAAGAAAAGUUUGUAUAUGAAGAUGAAUGCAUCUAACGUGAUGCCUCACUUCUCCCAAGAAGGGCUGACCUUCCUGGGAAGUGGGAAGAUACCAGGAAAGAUCAGUGGGUGGGCGUUUCUCGUAGAAAGAAGCAAUGGGGAAACCCUUCGGAGCGUUAAGCGUGAUCCAAAAUCAGGGGUAUCGGGAGGGGGGACCUACCAAAGUAGGCCAGUUGUCGAACUUCGAAUAGUAGUUCAAAAUAUUGGCAUGGCUAGGCAACCAAUUGUCUUGAAGUCACAAUCGAUUGGGGUCGACGUUUCAACGAGACGGAGGGGAGGGGAAUUCAACGAGAUCGGCUGGGACGACCGGUUCAAGAAAAUUGUACGGAACAUGGAUGGAACCAUUCGACCUAAAGUUCAAUCGCCAAGCAAUGUUUUUCAUGWCGAUUUAUGCUCGCUGAGACUAUUUGAAUCCAUUGCACUCGAGGUACAUAUUGACGCACGGGGCUGUUCGACCACGUCCAAGUUUCAGCAAAGAAGCAACUUCACCAAGAUUCUCGUGUCUUUAGAUGGCACAACAGUCCCAAUGGUCAUACCAUUCCUWAAACACGUAUAAAAUCCCGUUAUCAUGAAAUUGCAAUGCAUCGUCCUGAGGAAAGAGAAUUUCAAAUAAAUAGCUAAURAUGUG